UUAGAUGUAAUUUUGGUAUACUGUUACCCUAAAACCAUAAUCACAAAAAUCCCCGAGUGUCCUUAUGGAUGGGAAGUUAAUCAACUAGCUCUCGGAGGGAUUUGCUACAAUGGGAUCCAUGAUUCAGGAUAUUACCAGUUUACAAUCCCAGACUUGUCACCCAAAAAUAAAUCAUACUGUGGAACACAAUCAGACUUUAAAAGCCCCGUCUACAAUUUUUAUAACUCAAUCGUCUCUAAUGACAGCUCUGUGAUUGUGAAAAGCCAGCCUGUGAACUAUUCAUUUACAUGCACCUACCAUGCAAACUAUCUGGUGAACCAUGCUGCCUUUGACCAAAGAGUGGCAACAGUUCAUGUGAAGAAUGGCAGCACUGGAUCAUUUGAAAGCCAGUUGUCCCUCAACUUUUAUUCUAAUGCCAAGUUUUUGAACCAGAAGGAAGCCCCCUUCAUAGUAGAAACUUCAGAAAUUGGUUCAGAUGUCUUUGCCGGAGUAGAAGCAAAAGGCCUAAGUAACAGAUUUAAAGUUGUCUUGACUAAUUGUUGGGCAACCCCCUCAGCAGAAUAUUUCUAUCCAGUCCAGUGGCCACUGAUAACUAAAGGCUGUGCAGCAGAUAACUCCAUCUUAAUACAUGAAAAUGGGAAAGACAGCCGAGCUACAUUCCAGUUUAAUGCAUUUCGCUUCCGGAAUAUUCCCAAGCUUUCCAAGGUGUGGCUACAUUGCGAAACCCAUGUGUGUGAUAGUGAGAAGAUCUCCUGCCCUGUGGCAUGUGCAAAGCGGAGACAACGAAUGGAACAAACAGGUGGUGUUUUAAUGGCAGAACUCACUAUAAGCAGUAGAGGGUUGCUCAGGAAUUACAGCCUUUCAGUGAGGUUAAGCCCUCCAUGGUAAUUUCCCUAAGUUCCAAUGAUGAGUAAGAUUUAAGAUGGCAACGAACAAGGACAGAAAAAGGUAUGAGGCCAGCACUUUUCCCUCCCUCUUUAUGCUAUUCCUUUUUCUCUUUACUAAAUUCUUAUUAUGUAUUUACAUAUAUUUAAAUUCCCCUUUCCCCCUUCUCUAUAGGUUUCUGGGGUAGGAGCAAAUUGCUCUAAAAAGCAGUCUCAAUUUUUGCUUUCCAAAGUCUGGGUGGGCAGAUGGGGAGGAUGGUUUUUUUUUUUUAAUGUUGCCAUUUUGAACUGAGUUUACUGUUAUCACGCUGGUUUCCAGAGAAGUGGACAGGAGCUUCCUUUGUAAGAUUUCAGAAAUGAAGUAACUGCUGUAGGAGAUAUUUGAUAGAAACACCAUGUACAGUAGUCCAAUGUUCUUGGAACUUUUCAUGUGCCUCCUCAUGCAUCUAUAGUGCUCUGUGGAAAUCACAUU